AUCCAUAAUUGACUAAUUGUUACACUACUUGUUAGAACUUCGAAGCUGAGAAAAGAAACAAAGCAAAUAGAAAUGCAUUUAUGUUCCAUUGGUGACAAAAACAACACAACAAAUUGAAAACAAACAAACAAAUGCAACAUCAAUCUUCAAACCCUAAUCCCAAUUCCAAUCCCAAUCCCAAUCCCAAUCCUCACAAUGCAAACACCGCAUCUCAAUUACCACCACCAGUGCCACCACCAUCCACGACGGCGACAACCUCCGCCGGCAAAUCCUCUCUAUUCGCUCACUCUAGCGGCAAUGCCAGUUCCCAUCACCGACGAGCUCACUCGGAAGUCAAUUUCCGGUUACCAGAUGACAUGAUGGACUUAUCACCGUCCGAUCCAUUCACCGGUGGCGGAUCGUCAACGGCGAGCUUAGAUGAGAUCGGAUCCGAAGACGACCUAUUCUCGACGUACAUUGAUAUGGAUAAGUUGGGAGACGCCGGAGCAGAUCUGGUUGGAAAUGAUGUGCCGGAGAAGAAUCCGGUGAGGCCGAGGCAUAGGCAUAGUAGUUCGGUUGAUGGUUCUUCCUCGUUUGGGGAGAUUAUGGAUGGGAAGAAAGCUAUGCCUCCUGAUAAGUUAGCUGAACUUUGGUCUAUUGAUCCAAAGCGUGCAAAGAGAAUACUUGCAAAUCGACAAUCUGCUGCUCGUUCAAAAGAGAGAAAGGCCCGUUAUAUACAUGAACUAGAGCGCAAAGUUCAGACCCUGCAGACUGAAGCUACAACUCUUUCUGCCCAACUGACACUAUACCAGAGAGACACAACAGGUCUGAGUACUGAAAAUACAGAGCUUAAGCUCCGUCUGCAAGCCAUGGAGCAACAAGCACAUCUUCGUGAUGCUCUUAAUGAUGCACUGAAGAAAGAAGUUGAGAGGCUGAAAGUUGCUACUGGGGAUAUAAUGAGCCACACUCAAUCUUUUAAUCUUGGUAUGCACCAGAUGCAAUUUACAGAAUCAAAUUAUGCUCCAAUUCCACCACAACCAGGUCCUUCUAAUCACCGGAACACCCAGUUACCACUAUUUGGUCACUCCCCAUCUAGCAUGCAAUCUCAUCAACUGCACCAAACAAAUUCUCUUUCAUUUUCAGAAUUAUUGCAAAAUGAUCAGAUUGGUCGAUUUCAGGGACUUGACAUUAGUAGUAAAGGAACAACUGUUGUAAAGUCUGAAGACCCUUCUCUUUCUGCAAGUGAGAGUAGCACUACAUAUUGAAUUUGAUAUUACCUGCUUGACCUGCUAACUUAUCCUUGUCAUUCAUUGUUCGUCGUGUUGACCUCCAGUCAACUAAUGAACUUCAAGACGUAUUCCAUUCAGAUUGGGGAUUAAUUCUUAAUUAUUUGUUCUUUUGGGUGCUCACCAAAACGGGGAUGCACCCUUUUAGGGUUUUGCUGUGAAGUUCAUAUAAUCAUGUUUCUCAGUCCUAGAAUAUUGCGAAUGGAAAGUUCGCCUCAUUGUAUUGUUGUAUUUUGGGGUGUAUGGAUUCUCGCUGUUCAUUUGUAUUAUCAUUUACUUGUAGCAUGUUAACUAUGUAUUGUAUUUCACUAUAUUGACCAUUAAAAUGUGUUUAAAUUAUUCAAAA